AUGUGCAUACGCUUACUUGCACACGAGUACACGAAGACCCCCUUCGCGGUUCCUCAUGUACCCAUAUAUGAUGUUCGUUUACAAAUCUUCUCUCGUUUGUUAAUUUCUUCUUCUUCUUCUUCUUCUUCUUCUUCGUCGUCGUCGUCGUCGUCGUCGUCGUCUGUAUUAUUCAUUCAUUCAUUUCUGUUUUUUUUAUAUAAUUCUUUCCUUCGGCUUCAUCCCUUUAUUUCUCAACUUCAUUAUUUUGCAUACUUCUCAUUCUUCUUCCAUUUCCUCCACACCUCAUUUUCUUCUUCUUCUUCUUCUUCUUCUUCUUCUUCUUGUCCUUGUCGUUGUUGUUGUUCUUCUUCUUCUUUGUCUUCUUCUUCUUCUUGCUCUUCUUGUUCUUGUUCUUGUUCUUCUUCUUCUUCUUCUUCUUUCCAUCUCUUAUCAUGUGUUCCUAUUCUUCCUCCUCUUUAUGAUUUCUUCUUCUUCUUCUUCUUCUUCUUCUUCUUCUUCUUUGUUCUCUUCCAUUUUUCUUUUCAAACUCAUCCCCUUUUCUUCAUUUUAGACUUUCCUUGCUUCUUCUUCACUUGCUAUUCUAAAAUUCCUCUUAAAACUUCCCCUAAAUUUUUUCAAAUUCAAAAUUCUCCUACUCCUCCUCCUCUUCUUUUUCUUGUUGUUGUUGUUCUUGUUCUUGUUCUUCAUCUUCUUCUUCUUCUUCUUCUACCAUUGUUCAGUUUGCCUCCUUCUUCACGACAGCUUCGAUUCCUCCGCCUUUUAUGGCUCCACUUUUUUCAUAUUUAUUUCCCUUAUUCGCAUCGUCUUCUUCUGAAUCUCCCCCUCCCAUUCCUCCACUUUUUCUUCUUCUUCUUCUUCUUCUUCUUCUUCUUCUUCUUCUUAUUAUUAUUAUUAUUAUUAUUAUUAUUAGUAGUAGUAGUAGUAGUAGUAUUAGUAGUAGUAUUUCAAAGUUAUUUUGUAAAUUGUCCGAUUUUCAUUUAUUCUUCUGCUCGUUAUCAUUCACAUGUGUAUUUUCUUCUUCUUCUUCUUCUUCUUCUUCUUCUUCUUCUUCUUCUUCUUCUUCUUCACUAUCUCCUCCUCCAUCUUUCUUCUCCAUUUUUUCUCUUUAAUAUACAUUACUUCAUUCUAUCAUCAAAUUCUCAUUCUUCUUUCUCCUCCUUUUCUUUUUUUUACCUUUUUUUCUUUGUCUUUUUCUUCUUCUACAGCGUCUUCUUCGUUCCCCUACCCUCAUCCUCCCCUUCCUUUUUUGUCUUCUUUUUCUUCUUUGAUUUCUAUUUCUCCUCCAACGAAUUUUCUUUUUUUGCUCUCCUUUUUUAUACUUUUAUUUGGUCAUCUUCUUCUGGGACUCCUUUUCUUCAUCCCAUUUUCUUCUUUUCUUUUUUCUCUGUGAAUUCUCCUUAUUUUUCUUUCCACUUGCUAUUGUCUUUCCUCUUCUUUUUCCUCCAAUAUCUUUUCUUCUCUUUCUUAUCGUUGUCUCGCACAUUUCCCAAUCUGUGCAUUUUUAUUUCACUUCUGUCUACACCCCGACAUCCCUCACAUUUAUUUUCUGUUCUUAUCCAGAUUUUAUUAUCCGGAAUCCUUUUUAAAUCUCCCACACCCUUAACCCGGUCCCCUGCUUUGAUACACGAGCCACACCCUCAAACAUUACAACUGUAUGCUAUCCUUAAGGUUUUUUUUUUUUUUGUCGGUGUGUACCUCUUUUCACUUUAUCCUACCUGCCGUGAUUUCCCCUCUCUCUGUUUUACCCCCACCCGUAAGGGCAGUACACGACCGGUGGAAUUAACACAUUCAUCAUUUCCCCACUCUCUCUCUCUCACUCUCUUUCUCACUCACUGUCUCACUUUUCUCUAUUCUCUCUCUCUCUCUCUCUCUUUAUCACUCUCUCUCUCUCUCUCUCUUUACUCUCUCUCUCCUCUCUCCCUCUCUCUCCUCACUUUCUCUCUUUUCUCUACUCUCUCUCUCUCUCUCUCCUCUCUCUUUUUUCCACUCUCUCUCUCCUCUCUCUUCUUUUCCUCUCUCUCUGUCUCACUUUUCUCUCUCUCUCUCUCUCUCUCUCUCUUUCUCCUCUCCUCUAACUUUCUUCCCCCUCUCUCUCUCACUCUCUUCUUCCUCUUUCUCUCUGUCUCUCUUCCUACUCUCUUUCUCUUUAUCACUCUCCCUCUCUCUUCUCACUCUCUGUCUCACUCUUUCUCCUCUCUCUUUCUUUCUAUCCAUUUUCUUCCUCCUCCUUCCUCUUCUGUUUUUCUUCUUUCUUUCUUUUUUCUUCUUCCAUUUCUUCUUAUUUAUUUUUAUUGUUGGCAAUACAUUUUAUCUAUCUAUCUAUCUAUCUAUCUAUCUAUCUAUCUAUCUAUCUAUCUAUCUAUCUAUCUCACAUCUAUCUAUCUCUCUAUCUCACUCUUCACAUCUAUAUAUCUUACUCUUCACGUCUAUCUAUCUAUCUAUCUAUCUAUCUAUCUAUCUAUCCAUCUAUCUAUUUAUCUAACUCUUCACAUCUAUCUAUAUAUCUAUGUUACUCUUAACACCUAUCUAGUUAUCAUACACUUAGCAGCCAACUAUCUCCCUCUUCAUAGCUAUCUUACUCUUCACCAUCUAUCUAUCUAUCUAUCUAUCUAUCUAUCUAUCUAUCUAUCUAUCUAUCUAUCUAUCUAUCUAUCUCACUCUUCACAUCUCUCUAUCUUACCCUUCACAUCUAUCUAUCUAUCUAUCUAUCUAUCUAUCUAUCUAUCUAUCUAUCUAUCUAUCUAUCUAUCUAUCUAUCUAUCUAUCUAUCUAUCUAUCUAUCUAUCUAUCUGUUUCUUCACAUCUAUCUACCUUACCCUUCACAUCUAUCUAUCUAUCUAUCUAUCUAUCUAUCUAUCUAUCUAUCUAUGUUUAUAUUCUUCUCUUUCUAUAUUUUUAUUCCGUUUUAGUUCUUCGACGAUACUUCUAUCCUUUAUUCCUGGAAUAUAUGCCCCGAGCAAUUGCAAAGUUAUUUUUAAGAUUCAAUUCUUUCAAUCCGUGCGGGAUUUCACGCAAAAUCUAACAAUUUCUCUGUUUGAUUUUUUAAACACUUUGUCGCAAGCAUUUUGCCCGUCAGCCAAACAAAACACCGUCUUAAGUAACCGGAAGGCGCGAAAUUUUCCUUUUCUCACCACCCUCAUAUCGUCAUCUGCUCACCCUCUGCGCCUUCCAACUCCCUCUUUCUUUUUCCCUUCUUGCUUUCUUUCUUUUCUUUCUUUCUUUCUUUCUUUCUUUCUUUCUUUCUUUCUUUCUUGUGACAUUCUUCUUCGUCGGUUUCUACAUUACGUGUCUCGUUCCCACUCUCUCUGUUUUCAUCGUCUUCACUCCGCCCUCUCUCUCUCUCCCACCCUCUCUCUCUCUCUCUCUCUCUCUCUCUCUAUCUAUCUAUCUAUUUUAGUUCUCUUUUACUUCUUUUUCUCUCUGGUUUUCUACCUUAUUCAUUUCCCUUCGUCGCUUUUUCUAUCUAUCUAUCUAUCUAUCUAUCUAUCUAUCUAUCUAUCUAUCUAUCUAUCUAUCUAUAUAAUCCUCUUCUUAUCUAUCUCUGUAUCUAUCUCUCUAAUCCUCUUAUCUAUCUAUCUAUCUAUCUAUCUAUCUAUCUAUCUAUCUAUCUAUCUAUAUAAUCCUCUUCAUAUCUAUCUAUAUAAUCCUCUUCAUAUCUAUCUCUAUAUCUAUCUAUCUAAUCCUCUUCAUAUCUAUCUAUCUAUCUAUCUAUCUAUCUAUCUAUCUAUAUAUAUAUAUAUCUGCACACAUACACACAAAUAA